GCCGGGCGCGCCCGCGGUGCCUCGCCGGCGUGCAUGUUAAUGCGCCGUAAUUGCCCGGAGAGGAGCGGAGAGGCGGGGCGGAACGCGCCGCCGGUUGCCUGCCCUCCUUCCCUGCUGCUCGCCCCGCCGCCCUCUCCUCCCCGGCCUCCCUGAUGCCGAGGAAUGGAUAGAGCGGCUGCCCUGCGAGCCGCCGGCAUGCUGGAGAGGAAGGAGCGCAGCGGCGGCGAGGCGGCGGGCGGCGGCGCGGGGCCGCGGCCGGGCGCGGCGGCGCGGGGCUUGCCGGCCGUGCGGAGCACGCUGCAGCAGUGUGGGUUACUGCAGGACCUCAUAGACAUCUCGCUCUCCAACCUGCGCGGACUCCGCACGAAGUGCGCCGCGUCCAACGACCUCACCCAGCAGGAGAUCCGCACCCUGGAGGUGAAGCUGAUUGACUACAUCCACAGACAACGGCAGUGUAAGCUGAGUGUGCCCCUGAAUGACAGGACAGCAGAGCUCAACAGCUACCCAAGAUUCAAUGACUGGUUAGACAUUGUCAAUGUGAGGAAAGAAGUUGUACAGCGAAUACCAGAGGAGCUGACCCUCGAUGCCUUACUAGAAAUGAACGAGUCAAAGGUGAAAGAAACGAUGAAGAGAUGUGGUGCCAGAGAUGAGGAGUGCUCCAGACUGAACGGGGCACUGAGCUGCUUGAGGAAGGUGACUGAAUCAGGUGGGGAGCUCAAGGACGACGUGCUGCUGACCCUGCCCGAGGCGCGCCGGGAGAGCAGCUCAGCCGAGGGCUCGUGCGCCCUGCCCAGGGCCGGCAGCCAGCAGCCGCGCUCCGGCUCCGUGUCGGCCGGCCCGCCCUCGGACGCGCUCGCCUCCAGCCACGGACCUUCUGUCCAUGCAGAGAACCUGCUGGACCCUUUUGCUUUCCCCGCACACAGCGGAAGGUUAACGCCAAGGACUCCCCACAGCAUCACCAUCACUCCACCCGCCACUCCCCAGGCCAAGAGACGCCACAAGCUGAAGCCGCCGCGGACUCCUCCUCCCCCCUGCAGGAAGGUGUUUCAGCUGCUGCCCAACUUCCCAGCCCUCACCAGGAGCAAGUCCCACGAGUCUCAGCUGGGGAACAGGAUAGAUGAAGUUCCUCCAAUAAAGUUUGAACUCUCCCAAGGAUCCCCUCAGAUGGUACGAAGAGACUUUGGCCUGGCUGUGACACACAGGUUCUCUACAAAGUCUUGGUUAUCUCAGAUUUGCCAAGUCUGUCAGAAGAGCAUGAUGUUCGGGGUGAAGUGUAAGUACUGCAGAUUAAAAUGUCACAACAAAUGUACUAAAGAGGCACCUGCUUGUAGAAUAUCCUUCCUUCCCAUAACAAAAAUAAGAAGAACAGAAUCUGUCCCUUCUGAUAUCAAUAAUCCAGUGGACAGACCAACAGAACCACAGUUUGGAACUCUUCCCAAAGCACUAACUAAAAAGGAGCAUGCACCAGCAAUAAAUCAUCUGGACUCUAGCAGUAAUCCCUCUUCUACAACCUCAUCCACACCAUCUUCUCCAGCACCUUUCCAGUCUUCCAACCCUCCCAGUGCAACACCUCCCCCAAACCCAUCUCCUAUGGGCCAGAGGGACGGCCGAUUUAACUUCCCAGCUGCCUACUACAUUCAGCACAGACAACAAUUUAUCUUCCCAGAAGUUCCCAGCCCUGCACAAGCAGCCCAUCCUCCCGACACUGCCACAGACACUACUGCUGAUCAACAGCCAGACACAGAUGGAGUUGAAUGUGAAGCAGAGGUAGAAGAACUAGAGACUAAUAAAUCAGAACCUGAAGAUGAUGAGGAUGAGGUGGAGGAUUUGCCAAGCAGACGGCCGCACCUGCAGGGGAUGAUUUACCGCAAGCCCAGCCAGACCAGCGUCUACCUGCAGGAAUGGGACAUUCCCUUUGAACAGAUCCAACUGGGGGACCCCAUCGGCCAGGGACGGUGGGGGAAGGUUUACAAGGGGAAGUGGCACGGGGAGGUGGCCAUCAGGCUGCUGGAGAUAGAUGGCAACAACCAGGAUCACCUCAAGCUCUUUAAAAAGGAGGUGAUGAACUACAGACAGACGCGGCAUGAGAACGUGGUACUUUUCAUGGGAGCAUGCAUGAACCCUCCUCAUUUAGCAAUCAUUACCAGCUUCUGCAAAGGAAGGACACUUCACUCCUUUGUAAGGGACCCCAAGAUCUCCCUGGAUAUUAACAAAACCAGGCAGAUAGCACAGGAGAUCAUUAAGGGCAUGGGGUACCUGCAUGCCAAGGGCAUUGUCCACAAGGACCUGAAAUCCAAGAAUGUUUUCUAUGACAAUGGGAAAGUUGUCAUCACUGACUUUGGACUGUUUGGCAUUUCUGGUGUGGUUCAGGAGGGAAGGAGGGAGAAUGAAUUGAAGCUGCCUCACGACUGGUUGUGCUACCUGGCCCCUGAGAUUGUUCGUGAGAUGGCCCCUGGGAAAGAUGAAGACAAGCUGCCUUUCUCCAAAGCUGCAGAUAUCUAUGCCUUUGGGACUGUCUGGUAUGAGCUCCAAGCAAGAGAAUGGCCUUUCAAGAACCAGCCUGCAGAGGCACUCAUCUGGCAGAUUGGCAGCGGCGAAGGAGUGAGACAAGUUCUUGCAACUGUUAGUUUGGGGAAGGAAGUCAAUGAGAUCCUGUCUGCGUGCUGGUCGUUCGAGGUGAGCGAGAGACCCAGCUUCACUGUCCUCAUGGACAUGCUGGAGAAACUGCCAAAGCUCAACCGUCGGCUCUCCCACCCAGGGCAUUUCUGGAAGUCUGCUGACAUUAACAGUAGCAAAGUUGUCCUGCGUUUUGAAAGAUUUGGCUUGGGAAUCCUGGAACCAAGUAAUCAAAAGAUCUAGCAUGGUGUGUCACUGUGGUAACCUUGUCCUGCUUCCACAAAGCAUCAGCCACCUCCCCUGAGGCCGCCCAGCAGAGCCGCCAGUGGCCGCGUCUCCCUGCAAAGUCUGGAUCCUGCCUGAGCACCAGCAGCUCUCCAAGAAUGUUUACAUGAUACUUUUGUGUGGACUAUAUUUUUUUAAACAUAAUAAAGAGUGAAUCAAGUUUAACUACAGCCAUUCUCACACAGCACUAAGAAACAGAAGAGCUAUUUCUAGUUCCCUCUCGUCUCUGAGGUCAGCGGGAGCCGUCUUCUGCCUUCAAAGCGUUUGGUUUCCCCGAGAGGUGGAAGUGGCUUGUUUCAGAAUGGCACCUGGUACAGGGGGCUGGAGAUGCAGGUUGCAUUUUCCUUUCGUUAAGGUAAAGACUCAUCUGUUGCAGUGGGGUUUGCCCAGAGCAAUCACCCAGUUCAGCGGGGCGGGUCCAAGCGACGCGUUACCUUGACAUAAGCUACAAAGCUGCCUCUGCUGGGCGAGUUUCCCAUCACAGGGGCUGUGUCUCCAUUAAAGACUCAAGUGCUCUUGUACACAGAGCUCACAGCAAAGGCUGCUUGUUCCCAUACAAUCCCCGAGGAAGCUCAAGAGGGGCUGACCUUUGCAGAAACAACGCCAGGGUUUGUUACAGUUCUGCACACAGGGGCCACAUCCUUUGUUUGAAGUUUUAGGCACAACAGGUUCCAGUCCCCUAAACGAGCAGCACUCCUGGAAAUACAGCACUGACCAGCCAGCCCUGACUCACUGCCUCAUCACCAUUUCACACGUGGAAGGAAAAGACCUUUUCCAGAGCUGCAGGGAGAGGCCAGAGAAGGGAAACGCCAUCCCUCAGGAGUGCUUCAAAGGUGGCCGUGAUGCACAGAGCUCGGUACGAGGCUCGGAGUCACCCCCCAGUGCUGGGGGUCUUACAGCCAGUCACACUCAAUUGCUGUUUGUUCUUAAGGGUUUAGGACUAAAGCAAUGGUUUGGGGAAAAUAACGAUGGCAAUCUUGCAAGCAGGACAGUGGUGUCAGGGGCUAGAGGCCUGACAGCCCAACAGCUCAGACUUGCUCCAAAGGUUAAAAUUCAGACACCUGCCCACACUCUGGUCCCUCCAGGGCGUGGAGGUGGGUGCUGAAGGAUGCCCCAUAGCAGAGAGCUGCCCCCCUUGCAAACGAGCUGUGAGCUGCAUUAGCAAAGGCUCCUUGUGCUCCCCCUUCAUUUCCUCUGCCUUCUGCCAGGGCCAGGAGGACCCUUCUCAUACCCUGAACAUUCAGUUCCUUCUGACCCUGGGUACUUCAUUUUGUUGAGAUGGUUCAUUAGAGCUCCCUGGCAGUCACCCCAUGUCACCUCUCUAGCAGCGCUAGUACAUCACCCCCACACCAUCAUCACCAGGGUCUGACACAAGGAGCUCUGGAGCCCCCUGCACAGCCAGCACAGGGACCAGCACUCAGUCUGGCUCCUUGCAGGUGGAUGACUCUUGUAGAAAACUUCAGUGGCAAAAAACCAUCCCGAGUCCUGUGGAGCAUCAGAGAGUUUCCCUCCUGCUCUGUGCAAGUCUUAUGUUCUCCUACAAAUACCUUGAUACAGUGGCUUUUAAAAUGUGUCUCAGAUACAGAAGAAAAGCUGGGUUUGGUGGUAGCCAGGCAUGGCACUGUGGUACUCCCUGACCUCCUUCCUCAUCCCACCUCUGCAAAGCAAAUAAAUCCCCUCCAGCUGCACUGUGUGUUUCACCUACACCCUUCGGGUCUCUUCAGGACUCGCUACUGUUUGUUCUCACACAGUAGCUUUUGUGUCAGCAGUUUUAAGCAGAAGUUGUUUAUCCCAGCAAGUGCUGCUUAACUAACACAGCCCAGCACCAGCCCAAAGCAGGGGAAGGUGCUGCCCCUCGGCUGAAGGCUUCCCUGUGCCUCGUGCCUGGGAGAGGAGCCGGAGCUGCUGCAGGUCACACGCUGCCCCGUGGCCUGUGUGAACAGCAGCUCUGGGGGCUCUGUGCUGUUUGUUUCUGCCUCUGUGUGCAUAAAACCUGUCCCAAGUGCUGGGACACCCCAAACUUCCCUGUGGGAACCAGUGGCCCAGGUGGCAAAUAGUCAGGGUUUGCUGCCUCUUCAGCAGCACUGCUGUGUGAAUGGGGCAGGGAAAGCAAUGCGUCCUCAAAUCUUGAGUGGCCAGGAGAAGGGCAGCCAGCACUCAUUAAACAACAUCAUUAACAAAACCCCAACCACUUGUCCUUCCUCUGGCUGCCCUCGGUGCAGUUCAAACACUGCAGACUCUGCCCCCUGGCUGCGUGGCUGCCGCUGCUCUGAGGCUUCCUGCCCGUGCCCACGGGGACACGGUCCUGGGCACAAGACGGGAUUCAAAACCUGCCUUGACUCGUGAGAUUUGGGAUUCUGCUUCAACCUGACCGUGUUUUUACGUUUGACACCCCUCAAUUGCUCAUGAAAGCAAACCCCAGCCUCCUGGAGCCAGUGUACAGAGGAUCAUUUGUGUUGUGGCCAGCUGGUGGGAGGCAGGGAGCGACGGCACGGCAGAGAGCAGAGCUCUGUCCCCUCCCCACGCUGCAGCCCCAGCGCCAGGCCUUGGGGUGCUCCUGGUCCUGGCCAUCCCCUCGUGUGCUGGUGCAGGGCCUGGGCCCUGGGGAGCUGUAAAUGUGAAGGUGGCUGCACACUGCUGCAGCAGCCACACCUCAGUAGUGAAUGUACAUGAGUCUGUAAUCCGGUGAUGGACAUUUUUCUUUUCCAAUGUGAUGUAAACUUUGUACAGUACAGAUUUUUUUUUAUAUUUUCUAUCAACUGAGUGUCUUCCAGAAUUGCUAUGGAAUUAAUUCAAACCGUUAGUAUUAACACCAGGUUCUGUGUGAGUUUAUGCAACCAACAAAGAAGCACCCAAUGGAAAAACGAGUGCACUCUGUGCUAAUGGGAUUCUGGAUAUGUAGGAACCUAUUCAGUGAAUAAACCUUUGCUCUGGAUAAA